UUGAUUGAACACGUGAAAUACAGAACCACAGAGUCUCUGGGUCUCCCUAUCUCAUCCCGCUACAAGAAGUUAGACCUGAGGCUUUUUACUUUGUGAUAAUGUUUGACUUGAAGAAGAGUUACAGUCUGAUUGUGAACUGCAGCGCGGAGGAGUGCAGGAGGGCGGCGAUCAGGCGGAAGGUCAAAGGUGCGGAGGAGUGCGUAGUCUCAAACACAGUGCCUCCUAAACCAGCUCACCUCCAGAGUCCACAGAGGGAAGGGCCGGCUUUAGCCCGCAGCCCCACUGCAAAGCUACAACCUCAACAAGAGCAGAGUUCUAACAGAGGAGUGGGCUGCGUCAGCCCGACUCAGAACUGUCUAGGCUCCCCUAGUCCAAUAAGAGGAGGGGGGAACAGUUUUUUAAAUGUGUCUGGAGCACAUAUCAGCCCCGCCAGACUCUCUCCUGGUUCUCUUGGAGGCAGUCCACUUUUAGGAUCUCCAAGUCCAGGCAAACGAGGCCUUCACAGCCGUAGCCCAUCCAGGGAAGGUGGGCACAGCCCUGCUAAAUUGUCGCCAAGGAACCGCAGGUCACUUUCAGGAUUACUGAGGACCCCCAGCCCUGUGCAGGGGAGAAUGGGGAGCUAUAGACCCGCCAAGAACUCUAAAUCAUGGCUAGGACUGCACAGAAUCCCUAGCUGGAAGACGGAAGGAAAAGAGAAGAAAGCUGGAAAAUCCCUCAGCGUGCCUGACUUGAUUGUUUACAUGGAUGAGAACAGGAUUCUAACUGAAAAAGAUGACCGCUCACUGAAAUUGCUGCAAUCCCCAAACUGCAAAGGGCCAGUCAUCACCAUCAAAUCCCCGGUUAACCACGGACUCAGACACGCCUCAAGUGAAUCCCAUCUAUCCAGCAUCGGCAGAGACCAUUCCCCAGGACAAAUGAAUGGCAGCGUGCAGGGAAGAGAUGGCACAUUAGUCAAUGGGAACAGUUUCAAUGACAAAAUGGCAGAAGGCAAGAUACCCGGAGGAUAUGGCUCCAAGUGUUCUGGCCAGUGGAGUGAAGCAGCGACAGAAGGUAGCCAGAUCCACAAUGAGUGUAAAGAUGAACUAUGUGAUGAAAUGAGGAAGGAGAGAGGAGGAGAGCCUGAAAAUGAAGAGAACACCAAGCAGAAGUUGUACAAUAUAGCCAAAGAGCUGCUGCAGACAGAGAGGGCCUACGUGGCUCGUCUCCACCUGCUAGACCAGGUGUUCUGCUCGCGGCUCACAGAAGAGGCAGGCCGAGGCUCCUUUCCUCCUGACGCGAUCAGAAACAUCUUCUCCAACAUUUCCUCCAUCUUCUCCUUCCACAGCCAGUUCCUGCUGCCUGACCUGGAGAGCUGCAUCAGCCACUGGUGUGCGAGCCCAGGCCUCGGUACCGUUCUGCUGAAACACGCACCCUUCCUGAGGAUGUACGCCAACUACGUCAGGAACUUUGACCAGGCCAUGGAGCUGGUGAGGACCUGGACUGAACGUUCCUCUGCCUUCAGAAACAUCGUCCAGGAGAUACAGAGUCAGGAAGAGUGUGGCAGCCUGACCCUGCAGCACCACAUGUUGGAACCGGUCCAGAGGGUCCCACGUUAUGAGAUGCUGCUCAAGGAUUACCUCAAGAAGCUGCACAAGGAUAGCCCAGAUUAUGGUCCUGCUCACAAGGCCUUGGAGACUAUUUCCAUGGCAGCCACCCACUCAAACAGUGCCAUCCACAAAGCUGAGAGCCUGAAGCGGCUGCUGGAGAUCUAUGAGAUGGUUGGAGACGAGGAGGUGGUUAACCCCACCAACGAGUUCCUCAGGGAAGGCCGUCUGCUCAAGCUUGCUGCCAGGAACACCUCGGCCAUGGAGAGGCACCUCUUCCUGUUUAACAACUUCCUGCUGUGCUGCCAUCCUAAAUUCAGCCUGGUUGGGCAGAGGUUUACGGUCCGCUGCAGGAUCGGAGUGGAUGGCAUGCAGGUGCAGGAGACCACCAACGAAGACCACCUGUACACCUUCCAGGUCUCUGGGAAAGAGAGGAUCCUUGAGCUGCAGGCCAUCUCUGAACAAGACCGAGAUGAAUGGAUAAAGGUGAUUCAGGAGGCCAUUGACAUGUUUCAGAAGAAAAGUGAAACCUUCAAAUUGGCUUCUAAGGAGACAAAGGAAGAAGAUCCAAUGGAGGAACUUGGCCGACGCGCCCCUCGCUGGAUCAGGGACAACGAAGUGACCUUGUGUAUGAAAUGCCAGGAACCUUUCAACGCACUCACCAGGAGAAGACAUCACUGCAGAGCCUGUGGAUGUGUGGUGUGCUGGAAGUGUUCAGACAACAAAGUGCCUUUGGAGUACGAUGGCAACAAGCUGAACAAAGUGUGUAAAGCCUGCUACUUCGUCCUGAUCGCUCGGAGAGGGGACAGUAUGGAGGAGAAGAAAUGGAGGACACUGGAGACAUCCACAGUGUCCAGUGACUGUGAAAUGAGUGGCUUCCUGCUGUAUGGCGACAACCCUAAGACCUGUCAACAAGUGUGGUCUGUUAUCACCCGCACUGAACCCCCAGUCCUCCACCUGUACACUGCUCUACAGGAGUUGAAGCCCUUCUCCAGUGUCCCUCUGCUGGGCUGCAGUGUGGACGGUUCCCCUCAGGAGCUCCAGGGUCGGCCUUGUUUCUGUUUGAGACAAUCCAACACCACCCACACGUUCUGCUGCUCUGGCUUGGACCUCAAAGGCCGCUGGCUGGCUGUUCUGAGAGCUGCUGUGACGGGGGGUCAGUGCACAUUCAGAAGAUGUGUCAGUGAUGUAAGUGCGUGUCCCUCCAAGGAUUUUUUCAUCAUUGAAGACAUUGACAACUCCUGAACGCUUGAGUACAGGGACUUUGAAUGUACUCAUGUCCAUGGACACAGAACAACAGACUAAAGUCCAUUGAUGUUAAUGACGAUAGCUUUGAAAUGAACAUUUUAUGAAAUGAAUUAAAUCUUAAAGUGAAAUUUUAAGGAAUGUAAAUUGUGUUGAUAACAAUAUCCAGACUGUGUUUUCCUUAUAAGUGUCAUUGCACUUUAUUUAUGAAAUGGUUUACAGUAAAAUAAAUAAAGUGAAGGAGUUUUAACACGA